AUGGGGUGCUUGUCAAGGCUCCCAGAAGACCUUGUAGUGCAGCUUCUAACCGCUGAGAAAAUUCAUACAAUUCCUUUAAUUUGCCUACUAGUGGAACAGCUGCACCCCAGGCCUUCUCUUGCGACUUCUCAUCUGCUGGAUGCUGGAUUGCCAUCUGAUUCUGAAGGCUGGGCAUCUUCAGCCAGUGCUGGUUAUUCUGUCUUUGUCCCUCUAUCUUGCCCUCUUUUGGCCGGGCUCUACCGCCCUCCACGAGCAGCCAUGGCGGCUCCUCAGCGGCCCGCUAGGGGGAGACCCCGGCCCGGAGCGGGGAGAGGCGGCGGCGGCGGGACCCGAAGCCCCUCCGCACUUGCCCCUGCGGAGGCUUGCAGUGAUGAUUGUAAGGCCCAACCAGAGAAGAACAAAGGCCGCUCAGAGGGGAACCAGCAUCAGUCAGAAGGCAAAUCAGAAGGAUCUCAAGGCCAAUUUGCAGAAAAUCAACACCACUUAGAGAGAUCUAACGGCCAGUCUGAGAGAUCUCAUGGCAAAUCACAGAGAUCUCGUGGCAAGUUGGAGAGAUUUCGUGGCGAAUCGGAGAGCUCUUCUGGUGAAUCGGAGAGCUCUCAUGGCGAAUCGGAGAGCUCUCAUAGCGAAUCAGAGAGAUCUCAUGGCAAAUCGUGGAGAUCCCAUGGCAAAUCAAGGAGAUCUCGUGGUGAAUCGAGUAGAUCUUGUGGCGAAUCAGAGAGAUCUCAUGGCGAAUCAGAGAGAUCUAGUGGUGAAUUGAGAUCGCGUGGUGAAUUGGAGAGACUUCGUAGAGAAUCGGAGAGUUCGAGUGGUGAAUCAGAGAGAUCUCGUGGCGAAUUGUGGGGAUCUCAUGGUGAAUCGAGUAGCUCUCGUGGUGAAUCGAGUAGAUUUUGUGGCAAAUCAGAGAGAUCUCGUGGCAAAUCAGAGAGAUCUAGUGGUGAAUCGAGAUCUCGGGGUGAAUCAGAGAGAUCUCGUGGCGAAUCGAGUAGCUCUCAUGGUGAAUCGAGUAGAUUUUGUGGUGAAUCAGAAAGAUCGCAUGGCAAAUCAGAGCGAUCUCAUGGUGAAUCAGAGAGAUCUAGUGGUGAAUUGAGAUCUCGGGGCGAAUCGGAGAGAUCUUGUGGUGAAUCGAGGAGAUCGCGUGGUGAAUCAGAGAGAUUUCAUGGUGAAUCGGAGAGAUCUCAUGGCGAAUCAAAGAGAUCUCGUGGUGAAUCGGAGCAACCUCGUGGCAAAUUGGAGCGAUCUUGUGGCGAAUCAGAGAGAUCUAGUGGUGAACUGAGAUCUCAUGGCGAAUCAGAGAGAUCUCGUGGGGAGUCGAGGAGAUCUUGUGGUGAAUCAGAGCGAUCUCGUGGCAAAUCGGAGCGAUAUAGUGGUGAAUUGAGAUCUCGUAGCAAAUCAGAGAGAUUUAGUGGUGAAUUGAGAUCUCAUGGCGAAUCGGAGAGCUCUCGUGGCGAAUCAGAGAGCACUCGUGGUGAAUCGGAAAGCUCUCUUGGCGAAUUGGAGAGCUCUCGUGAUGAAUCGGAGAGCUCUGGUGGUGAAUCAGAGACACCUCGUGGUGAAUUGUGGAGAUCUCGUGGCAAAUCGAGGAGAUCUUGUGGCGAAUCGAGAUCUCGUGGCAAAUCAGAGAGAUCUCGUGGUGAAUCAGGGAGAUCUUGUGGUGAAUUGGAGAGAUCUCAUAGCAAAUCAGAGAGAUAUCAUAGUCAUUCAGGGAGAUCUCAUGGCGAAUCGAGGAGAUCUCGUGGCAAAGUGGAGAGAUACCGUAGUCAUUCAGAGAGAUCUCAUAGCUACUCAGAGAGAUCUCAUGGUGAAUCGAGGAGAUCUCAUGGUGAAUCGGAGAGAUAUGAUGGUCAUUCAGAGAGAUCUCAUGGCUACUCAGUGAGAUCUUAUGGCAAAUCGAGGAAAUCUCAUGGCGAAUCAAGGAGAUCUCGUAGUGAAUCGGAGAGAUAUCAUAGAGAUCUCGUGGUUACUUAGAGAGAUAUCGUGGCCACUCAGAGAGAUCUCGUGGCGAAUCUGAGAGAUCUCAAAGCAAAUUGGAGAGAUCUCGUGGGCAGUCGGAGAGAUACCGUGAUCAUUCAGAGAGAUCAUAUGACCACUCAGAGAGAUCAUGACCACUCAGAGAGAUCUCAUGGCCAGUCAGGAAGAUAUCGAAGAUACUCACCAGUAGGAAGAUUCAAAACAUCACUCAGAGUUGUGUCCAAAGUUGACAGGUAAAAAUAUAAUAAAUCAUUAGUACAUUAUGCUAGCGAUGUGUUUUAAUGGGUAAACAUGUGUUUGUUGUAACAGAAAUUGCAUGGUGACAAAUAUAUUAAUAGAAUGAGGGUUAUAUGUAAAUGACAUCAGUGUUUUGUCAACUUGCUGAUGUCCUCUACCAUCCAGUCCCAAGGUGCCCCAUUAAGUUGUUCCACCUAGACCUGACUUACCUGGCAGAGCCCAGGCUUUUCUACUGAGCCUUCCUCAUAAUCAAAAUAUUUUGAUUCAGUGCCCCAUUACCUUUGGACCUUCCAAACGGCUAGGCUAGUUACCCUAACAACCAAACCAAACCAGUUACCCUAGAGUCAGCUUGGAAUCAUAGUGACCCCAUGUGUAUCCAAGUAGAACCGUGCUCCAUAGGGUUUUCAGCAGCUGUGAUAAUUCAGAUGUAGAUCACCAGGCCUUUCUUCUGAGGCACCUCUGGGUGAAUUUGAACUGCCAGC